AUGUGGAAAGUUUUCACUAGAAAGCGCGUAGCUUACGCAAGUAUAGCGGUUGUUAUUGGUGGUACUUCUACUUAUUAUUUUUAUCCGGACUCUUCAAAAAGAAUUCGAAAGCAACAAACUCAACGUUUAUCUAUUAUUAAGCCACAACUUUUAUUAUCGGAGACAUAUGCAGACGCGUAUAAUCAAAUUCAAACAGUAGUUUCAUCUGAUAAUGAAUUACAUAAUUUAUGGGUUCCACCUUCAAGAAAAGAAAUGUUAAACAUUCUCAAAAAUUCAGGAAUGAAAGUAAAAGAUAAUGGUGAGAAGGAGCCACCAUUUGAUCUAUUAAUAGUAGGUGGUGGAGCUACUGGUACGGGUACAGCUCUUGAUGCUGCAACAAGAGGAUUAAAAGUUGCAUUGGUUGAAAGAGAUGACUUCUCUUCCGGAACUUCUUCGCGGUCGACGAAACUUGUUCACGGGGGUGUUCGAUAUCUUGAGAAAGCAUUUAAAGAACUCGACUAUGAUCAAUACAAGCUUGUAAAAGAAGCUCUUCAUGAACGUGCCACAUUUUUGCAUAUUGCUCCUUAUUUAAGCUACCCAUUACCUAUCCUGUUGCCCAUUUAUAAGUGGUGGCAAGUUCCAUAUUUUUGGGUCGGUUCAAAAGCUUACGAUUUCCUUGCCGGUAGUGAAGCUAUGGAAGGUUCUCAUUUUUUAUCUAGUGAUAAAGCAAUUGAAGCUUUCCCAUGGUUAAAGAAAGAGAAACUCGUUGGCGCUAUGGUAUAUUAUGAUGGUCAACACAAUGAUGCGCGUAUGAAUGUUGCUCUUGCAUUGUCAGCUGUUUCACAUGGCGCAGUUGUUGUCAAUCACGUGGAGGUUAUGCGAUUGUUGAAAGAUGACAAUGGUAAAAUCUGUGGUGCACGAGUUAAAGAUAACUUGAGUGGUGAUGAAUGGGAUAUAAAUGCUAAAGGUGUAAUAAAUGCUACAGGUGCAUUUACAGAUGGUAUUCGUUCUAUGGAUAAUCCUAGGUGUGACAAUAUUGUCGCGCCCUCUGCAGGUGUUCAUGUUGUCUUACCAAACUAUUAUAGCCCCCGGAAAAUGGGCAUGAUUGAUCCUUCUACAUCAGAUGGAAGGGUAAUUUUUUUUUUACCCUGGGAAGGAAGUACAAUUGCUGGGACAACAGAUUCUCCUACUGAAUUAACAUACAGCCCAAUGCCUAAAGAAGAAGAAAUACAAUGGAUUCUCAAUGAAAUCGCAACAUACUUAAGUCCUGAUAUUAAAGUUCGACGCAGUGAUGUUCUUUCUGCUUGGUCCGGAAUUCGUCCUUUGGUGCGUGAUCCUAGCGCAAAAAACACAUCGUCAUUAGUUAGGAGACAUAUGAUUAAUGUUAGUCCUUCUAAUUUAAUCACCAUUGCUGGUGGAAAAUGGACUACAUAUAGAAAUAUGGCACAAGAAACGGUUGAUACAGCUAUUCAAGUAUUAGGACUGAAACCUUUGAAUGAAUGUCGUACUGAAAUAACAAAACUUAUUGGGUCUCACGGAUAUUCUCCAACCAUGUUUAUAAAACUCAUUCAACAAUUCAAAUUAGAAACUGAAGUUGCACGACAUUUAGUUAAUAGUUAUGGUGAUCGCGCAUGGGCUGUUGCAGCAUUUGCACAUCCAACUGGUAGGAGUUGGCCAGCAUUUGGUCGCAGAUUGAACCCAUUAUACCCAUAUAUUGAUGCAGAAGUUCGUUAUGCUGUCCGUCGAGAAUAUGCUUGCACACUUGUAGAUGUUAUCGCACGUCGUACUCGCCUGGCGUUCCUCGACGUUCAAGCAACUUUUGAAUCACUUCCGCACAUUAUUGAAAUCAUGAGUGAAGAACUUGGAUGGUCUUCAGAGCAACGAAAGAAGGAAUUUAAUGAUGCUGUCAAAUUUCUUGGCACAAUGGGUCUUCCCUCACAAAAAUAA